GACCACUAAUCAAAUAACGAUCCGAGAGAAGAUCAACAAAAAAUAAAAAAAUAAAAUGCAAUUCACAAUCCAAAUCGCCCAAGACGGGGAUUUGCACGACCUCAUGAAAGUCCUAUGGACAUGCUUCGAAACUCCCCCUCAAGGAAUCCUGCGCAUCUUCUUCCCUAUCCUCAACAACGACCGCGAAGCCAGUCUCCUCGCAGCUAGCAACGGCCAGCGCGAGGAAUACAAAGCAUCAUACCCAGAAUUGAUCUGGCUCAAGGUCAUUGACGACGAGACCGGUGAGAUGGUUGGAGGCGCAAAAUGGUAUUUUUACGAACGCAAUCCGUUUGAUGGUCACAGUCUGGAGGAGGAAGAGGCCGUUUGGUAUCCAGAGGGAGUUGGGAGGGAGUUUGCUACGAGGGCGAUGCAUGCUUUUGAGAAGCCUCGGGUUGUGAUGGGUCAAAAGCCUCAUUCAUAUCUGAACAUCAUCUUCACCUUACCUGAAUACCAACGCAAAGGCAUAGGCCGCGCAAUCAUGAAAUGGGGCCUCAGAAAAGCCGACCAACUCGGUCUCGAAUCAUGGCUCGAUGCGUCCCCCUUCGGAUACUCAUUAUACCAUAGCGUCGGGUUUCUGACGUACGGAUCGAACAAUGUCAGUAUCAAAAUGCACGAAGAUUACAACCAAGGACAACAAGCGGAAUGGGAAGAAUACAAGAAAAUAAUGCUCCCGGUCGAACAUGCUGUGAUGUGGCGGCCUGUUGGGGGCAAGUUUGUCGUUGGCGAGACUGUCACGCCAUGGUUUAAGGAUUUGAAUUAGUAGA